AUGGACUCUCUCUCCAGCGCCAUCGCCGCCGCUACGGCGACGUCCUUCGCCCUUUCCGCCUGUUUGAUGAUCGUGGCCUUGCUUGUGCUGUUCGUCGCCGCACACCGCAACGACAACUACUCGUGGGUGGACCGGUCGUGGUCUAUUCUACCUGUGGUGUGCACGUGGAUCCAUGUCUACUAUACGCAUCAGGAGGCACGCAAAACUGCCGAGAGUCACGUCGCAGGGCAGUCGUCGCUCUCCCUAAGCUGCGCAGCCCUUUUCGGCCUUGUCAUAACAGUGUGGGGAUGCCGCCUGACUUUCAACUUCUUCCGCCGCGGCGGGUACGCCCGUGGCGGUCAGGAUUAUCGGUGGAAUUACGUACGCUCGUGGCCCAUAUUCUCCGGCUCGCCCAUCACCUGGAUGUUGUUCAACUUCUUCUUUAUUUCCUGCUUUCAAACGUGGCUUCUGUGGGCUAUUCCGCUGCCUGUCAUGCAGUUUCCGGCGAGGCCACCAACGGCGAAGGAGAUCACACUUGCAGCCGUGCUUCUAGUUCUCAUUGCCCUUGAAACGAUCUGCGACGAGCAGCAGUGGCGCUUUCAGUGCGAGAAGGCCCGUACGCCGCGCCAGUCUCCUUACUGCUACGGCUUCUGUGUGACAGGUGUCUUUGGCUACAGCCGUCACCUCAAUGUGUUCUGUGAGGCGUCGUUGUGGGUGGUGCUGGCGAUGGCGGCGCACAGCAGUGGCACAGCGUCGAUGGCGUGGUGGCAGUGGUCUGGGUGCGCCAUGCUUGGGCUGCUCAUACUCGUGUCGACAAGAACGAUCACAGAACGGCUGAGCGCUCGAAAGUACCCCGGCUACGCCCUGUACCAGUCUAUCACCCCCAUGCUCUUCCCAUCCCUCUAUUCAACCACGGAGGAGGUGCUCUUUUCAUUAGAGUUGAGGAAGUUGAAGUAG